ACAGACAGUUAAGUUGUGACGCAGUUGUUAAUAGACUGUCUAGGUGUGUUCACAGGAGAACUCAGAGGAGCUGACGAGAGUCACCAAACGAUCUGAAGAAACACGACUUGAGUAGACACCUGAAACCAGUCCGACCGUGCAGAGAUGAAGACAUUCCCCGUUGCUGUUGCAGUGGCCGUCGUGCUCACCUUCAUUUGUGUUCAGCAGAGCUCUGCCGUCCCAGCCGCUGAGGUGCGGGAGCCGGGGGAGCCGAUGAGCGUUGACAACCCAGCUGCUGACCACGAGGAGACGUCCCUGGACUCAUGGAUGAUGCCGUACAACAACAGAGAGAAGCGCGGCGUCAGGUGCAAAUUAUGCUGCAACUGCUGCACCCGCGGGGUCUGCGGAUUGUGCUGCAGAUUCUGAGGUGUCCUGCUCCAACAUCCACCAACGGUGUCUUCGAGAAAAUGCAACAGUUUGAUUUGUAUUCGUGCAAUUUGAAAGUGUUCAGGCUGUUUCUGGAUGUAAAUCAUUAUUGGUCAGUGAAGGCGUCUGUAUCAUCCUUGUGUUCUGAUAAAUAUCUAUUAAAAGUGAUUGAGC